GAGCUAAUUAAUGUUAUUGCUAACACCUGAAUGUUUUCUACUUUUUCUUCUUAGCUAUUGGUAACCUAACAUAGUUCUAUAAACUCAAUUCAGUACUUUUUUCCCUAUAAAUAAAUACAGUUUGUGUUUUGGGAAACAAGUUUGUUAUAGUGUAGAACAGAAGAGACGAGCUUGGCGCCUCCCUCUGCUUUGCUGCAGGCGGGGAGGAGGAGGAGUUUAACCCCAAAAUGUCUGGGAGGAGUCGGCUCUCUCUCGGUGCUCCUCCUGGGUCCUGCCUGGAAACCUUACGAAGCGAGGAAGUAACAUCGUUUUUUUUGGUUGCUUCAAAAUACAACAAAGCCUACUUUUGGAUGCCGUAAAGGGGGAAAACUCUUUAGGGAAUGUUUGAAUGGAGAAAACACACUAACCGAUGGUAGCUGUGCUAGCAUUAGCAUCUCAAGCUCCCGAGUAUCUUCAUGCCGUCACAACAGAUGAGCAAGGCUACAGAGAAAAUGGUUUACUUUGAGAGGAGCUCCGAUGUGAAAAUUUGAUACAGGCAGCAAUGGGAAAUUCUGAAAGCCAGUACAGCAUUCACGGCCUCAAAGCCACCAGCUUUGGCUUCUCUGGGACACAGAAACCAUACUCGCUGAAGAUCGGGUCAGCCACAGACGACCCUCUGUCAGCUCACGAAUGGUGGAGAAGUGCACCAGUGAGCUCAGGGUACAAGGCCAAAUGUGUCAGCCGAGGUUGUCUCUCCCCUCCAAAAAGCAGACAGCCUUAUUCUGCCCGUCACAGUGACUAUGCCUCAAGGGGAGUGAGGGGUAGCCCGAAUGAGCAUCGCUGGCAUCGCUCGACUGGAUGUGGAAUACGCAGGCGGCAUGUGUCUGAUGACUUUGAAGAUAACCCCUAUGGCGCAGAGCUCAAUGGCUACACUCUCAAUAGUCAAAGAGACAAAGAGCAGGUUUUAGUGAAACCUAAUAGCCCACGAGUUGUGAUCAAGAAGGAUGGUAGUCUAAGAGUGGAAUUCACCAAUACCUCAGACAGUGAUCUCCUCCUGGAUGAAGUCUCUGGUCCUGUACAACUCCUAAAGUUCUCUGCUAAUUUAGACUCACCCUCAACUUCUAGUCUGCCCGGCUCUGGCAGUAGUGAGCCUGAUGGUCACAGCAGUGGUCCCCCACCAGCCUCUACCUCUUCCACUGCUAGAACCAGUAAAGGAAGCUCUCUGAGCUCCGAUGGUUCUUGGUAUGAUUCUCCCUGGGGUGCCAGCACAGAACUUUGCGAACAGGAUCAACCCUGCUCUGCCAUCAGGCCACUAGUGCACUCCCCCAUCCACCAACAUGACUCUUUGACCGAACAGCCAUCCUCUUUGUCCACUGGAGGCCUCUACAAGGACUCUGCAAUGGCUGCUACCUUCCCCAUAGCCAAAGACCUGUCCUCCCAUUUAGAGGAGGUUCCAAUUGGCCAUCAGCCAAAUCGAGCCUCCCUUGCUUCAGUCUUGGAUGUUCACUUGGAGGAGGGAAGCCUUGAGGCUCGCCAGUAUUCGUCAUACACCCUGCCCUGUCGAAGGCCCAAAGCUCACACCAUGAGCGAAGAUUUGGACCAGUAUCCCAACCAUGAACAGCAUCGGGAGCGGUCUGGAUCGGAGUUUGGCUACCAUAAAAAAGCUUAUAUCAAAAACCACAUUCGACGUUUCAGUGACUGGACUGGCAGCCUCAGUCGCAAAAAAAGGAAGUCUCAGGAUACCAUCCACCAGGACAUGCCCGAUGUCUUUGACAGCGUGGUUGGCCUGACUGCAGACACCAGCUCCCCUGCUCAGGCCUCAAGCCUCUUAUGGCACCCAGCCCUUCCUAGUACCCAAUCAUCAGGAGCUAUUCACCAACCAACCAAUGAUGCCCUCCGCCAGAACAUUUAUAAGAACUUCAUGAGGGAGUUGGAGAUGGGCAGUGGACAGGGAGGAAGCGAGAAAAGAGACCCUUCCACAGGCGAAGACGAGGGGGAGAGUAGCAGUGAGUCUGCAGAGGACUCCCUGGACCAGCUGGACCUGCUGUUCGAAAAGGAACAGGGUGUAGUCAGACGGGCUGGAUGGCUAUAUUUUAAACCUCUCGUGACUCUGCAGAAAGACAGGAAGCUGGAGCUGGUGACACGUCGCAAGUGGAAACAAUACUGGAUCACCCUGAAAGGAUGCACACUGCUCUUUUAUGAGUCAUAUUGUAAUGGCUCUCAAGAGGAGGAGGUCACACCUCGCUACUCUCUUCUGGCUGAGGAUAGCAUUGUCCAGGCUGUUCCAGAGCACCCGAAAAAGGAGAACGUCUUCUGCCUCAGCAACUCUUAUGGCGAUAUCUACCUCUUUCAGGCCACCAACCUGACUGACCUAGAGAACUGGGUGACAGCCAUCCACUCAGCCAGUGCCUCGUUGCUGGCCAAGCGCCAGGGAAAGGAGGAUACAGUCCGUCUGCUACGGAGCCAGGUCCGUGGCCUGUUGCAGAAGAUUGAUAUGGAUGGGAAAAUGAAGAAAAUGGCUGAGCUUCAGCUGAUUGUCGUCAAUGACCCCAAAAACCGCAAGGCCAUUGAAAAUCAGAUGCAGCAAUGGGAGCAGAACCUAGAGAGGUUUCAUUUAGAUCUCUUUAGGAUGCGCUGUUACCUGGCCAGUCUUCAGGGUGGAGAGUUACCAAACCCAAAGAGCCUGCUGGCAAUUGCUAGCCGUCCCACCAAAAACAUCCUGGGCCGCCUGGGGAUCUUAUCUGUCUCAUCUUUCCAUGCACUGGUUUGUUCCAGAGACGAGGCUACACUGCGGAGGCGCUCUUUGUCACGAACGUUCAGAAAGCACAAGCGUAGCCUUUUCUCCUCCCUCAAAGGCCUUGACAACUUGACCAAAAAGGGCAAAAGGGUUUCUGCAUCACAGAUCUUUGAGAGUGAUGCCGGAGGUGAAGCGCAUGUUGCACUUCCCAAGAACACAGAGAAGAUGGACAUGCUCACUAAUGUCCACUCCAUGUUGCCCCUUGAGGGCGGAGUGUGGGAUAGUGUCAGUUGUGGUACAGACAUGGUAACCUGUGUCCACAUGCCAGAUGGCUUGACAACCCGAGUUAGUGUUGGAAGGGAACAGACAGCUGCGGACGUCCUCUCAGAGGCCUCCAAGGCUAAACAGCUGGACCAAGACCUGCAUCGACUUCGUCUGCACAGGCAGGCGGGAAACAACACAGAGAUUCGAUGUGUUGCUCCCAGUGAGCUUGUCUGUGAUUUGAUGAGUGGUCAUUUGGAGGUGGUCCCAGUUAACGUGUUUACUCUAAGUAUGAGCAGAACGAGCGGCAUUUGCGAUUUUGGGUUUGCAGUAACAGGGAAUAUAGACAGCCAUAAAAACAGUCGGAUCUUUGUCAGUGAGGUGCUGCCUGAUGGAUUGGCUUUUAGUGAAGGUCUACGUCCAGGGGAUGAGGUUUUGAUGCUUAAUGGCCGCUAUGUGUCAGGCCUAGACCUUACACCAAUCCAGACGCUGUUUGCUGGGGAAACCCUUGACUUGCGCCUUAUGCGGGAUGGACCACUGCCUCUAAACAGUGCAGUCAACCACCUAGCUCCUCCAGUAGGCAAGCUCAGAGCCAAGUCCUCCUCAGAUUUGUGCACUGCAGCGGAAAGUAGCCAGUCCUUGUGCACCGGGCUAGAGAGUCACUCCCACUGCUCACAUAGGCCUGUUCAGCUCAGCAAGAGUGUGGACACUGUGUGCAAUCUCUACCAGUCCUUCCAGGAGGGAGAUAGUUCAACCACUGGUGGCCCAAUGUCAGACAACAAAGAACUGCCCAUGAGGCAAGGUGGAGAGUCAAGGCUCGGCUCUAUCGGUGACGACACUCUUGCUAGGCCCUGCCCAAAGCAAAUGAGUGCCACUGAGAAGUUAUGCAAGGUCAUCCAGGAGCUCGUGGACACAGAGAAGUCUUAUGUGAAGGACCUGGCAUGCUUGUUCGAGAUCUACCUGAUACCCUUGCAAAAUGAAAUCUUCCUCACGCUGGAUGAGAUGGAGAGUCUGUUUGGGAGUUUGCCAGAGAUGUUAGACUUCCAGAGGGUCUUUCUGCAGACACUAGAAGAGAAGAUUGCCUCCUCCCCUGACUUCAGCACCCUCGAGACACCUUCCCAGUUCAAGAAGCUUCUGUUUUCUCUUGGGGGCUCCUUUCUGUACUACGCCGACCACUUCAAGCUCUACAGUGGCUUCUGUGCUAACCACAUCAAGGUCCAGAAAGUCCUGGAGAGAGCCAAGACCGAUCGAGCCUUUAAGGAAUUCUUGGACGCAAGGAACUCCACCAAGCAGCACUCAUCCACCCUGGAGUCCUACCUGAUUAAACCAGUGCAAAGAGUUCUCAAGUACCCCCUGCUGCUCAGGGAGCUGGUUUCUCUCACUGACGCCAACAGCGAAGAACACUUGCACAUCACAGAAGCGCUCAAGGCCAUGGAAAAGGUGGCCAGCCACAUCAAUGAGAUGCAAAAAAUCUACGAGGAUUACGGCUCCGUCUUUGAUCAACUUGUCGCCGAGCAGGCCAGCCACGAUCGAGAGGUCACUGAAAUCUCUAUGGGAGAGUUUCUCCUACAUUCUACUGCAGUCUGGCUCAACCCACAUUCUUCAUUGGGCCGUAUGAGGAAAGACCCUGAAAUGACCGUGUUUGUGUUCAAGAAAGCAGUGAUAUUGGUCUACCGGGAAAACAACAAGCUGAAGAAGAAAAUGACCAACCCUCGUUCUUCACUUUCUCAUGGCGAUCCUGACCCAUUCAAGUUUCGUUGGCUCAUCCCACUCUCAGCGCUUCAGGUCAGGCUGGGAAAUCCAACAGGACCAGGCUCAGAAGGCAGUUGUAUCUGGGAGCUGAUUCACUGCAGGUCUGAAGUGGAAGGAAGACCACAGACGGUCUUCCAGUUGUGUAGCAGUGCGCCCGAGAGCAAGGUCAACGUCAUCAAGGUGAUCCGAUCCAUCCUUAGGGAGAACACCAGGAGGAACACCAGAGGCGAGGCCACCUUGGAGCGCGGCUGCAAAGAGCGUCUGGCCGCCAUGCACAGCAACGCACCCUGCACUGCCAAGCAGGGCUCCUCCAAGGCUUCCUGGUUGAGUCGUCAGCCCCCAGGUGAUCCCCCCAGCCAGACUAAGUGGGUCCCAGACUGCGAUGAAGGCAGCCUGAGCAGCAGCACUUUGUCCAGCAGCAGUCGACGGCAACUUCCUGCCCAGGAGAGCUGGUCUGCAUCGCCAACAGGAAGUGAUUGUCAGCCUGCCUGUGGCUCUGUGAAGGAGUCGGACAUUCUCAGCGACGAAGACGACGACGGCUUUAGCGGCAAGGCGGGAACCAGGAGAGACGGUUCUCUCCACGCUCAGUUCUUCCAGCUGAAGAUCUCGGAGAACGCGGCGGCCCCCCGCGCCCGAGCAGAGGGAGACACGCCUGAGCUCCACAGACUGAGUGCAGCAGAGAGGAAGAGCAGCAGCCAGGUGUGUGGCAAGGACUUCAAAGCAGGAUAUUGGACGAGACGCCAUGACGCCGCCUCACUACCGCCGCCAUCGGACCUCAAUGUGCUCCUGGAGAGAGACUACAGUGUCCAAAGUCUGACCUCAGUGGUCAAUGAGGACUUCUUCUAUGAGACAGUAGUGGACCACACCACCUCCUGAACAUCUGAUAAUACAUCAUUCCAUCUUCACUCACUUCUUUUCUACCCACUUUUUCUCAAGAAGUGUCCUUCCAGCUGAGGCAGGAGGGGGCGGGGCCACAGUGACCACAACAACACCGUUAGUUCUUUGGAAGAACCGCACUGUGCCGCUCACACAAGCUAACACUUAGCAACACAACGCCACGCUCCCCUGACAAGGAUGAGGCGGCCGCAGCAGGUGUGUGAGAGCAUCAGGCGUGUCCCAAAAAUAGGCCAAACUAUCUUUUUUCCUGAAAGUGUCAGGUUGGAAGGAAAUUGGUUUCAUUUUCUGUUAUCCUGUCAUCUUUAAAAAUAGCUGACAAGACAUUUAAAAAGCUGGCAGAAUGGCAGGAAAUGAUCAAAGUUGAUUUAUUAAAAAAAACAAAAACACUUACACACACUGUGAGCGAAGACCUGCUGCAGUCAAUAAAAUGUUUUUCUGCACUAAAGUACACUGUUUGCAUAUUUUCAUAACUAGUUUUAUUGUUAUUAAUGCUUUUAUUUAUUACUUUGGCGUAUAAAAUGUUAACCAAAUAACACUUUGGCUUUGGGGCCUUGCAUUAUUUAGUUUGAUGGAAAAAAAAAAAAACAAUCAGGUUGAUAAAGUUAAUAUUUUUUGUAAUUGUUUGGGACAAGGCUGCUUUUCUUCAAGAUACUGAACUGCAAUACUUGUAUUGUUUGUGUUUCUAGUGUUCAAAUACUUUUUUCUAUCUUGUGUAAUAUUUCUACUUAAACUUGAUACUGUUCCGCUUCCAAACAAGGCAGGAAUAUUUUUUGUAAACAACUCUGAGUUGAGGUACUAUUAUUAAAAAAGCAAACCACUAAAACAAGUGCUCUGCCUUCAAUGCUAGCAUACCAAUGACUGUGAAUGAUGGAAUUGUUUUCUAAAUAAAACAUUUGAUCUGUGAAAA